AUGGCUCAGCAGCUAGAGGGAUGGGCGACCGUAGGCCCUGCAUCCCACAAAAGAGUUCAUAAGAAAAAGACCACUGCUACCACCAACGGUGCUACAUCCAGGGAAGCCGCGGUGAGACAAUUCCUCGCAGUCUACAAGACACGAAGAUGCCUUAUCGAAGAGCAUCACGACAAAAAACUUUGUACUAACUACCACGAUGAAAGCGACAUGCGUCGAGAUCCUUUCGAGGAAUUCUACCUACCAGAGAAUGCCAACAAUCAAGUUGAAAUCAUGUAUCAUCCGGCCAACUUUCGAACUGUCAUCUGUCGCCGUGGCCCACAAGACUGCCCGUUCAAGAAAAACUGUAGCUUUGCUCAUACGAAAGGAGAAAUGAGAGAUCACCAAAUUUCCGCCGGUGAAUAUGAACUCACGCCAGUGGCUCGCCGCAGCCUUCCCUCUCUCGGAAGUGCCGUGUCGAAGAAGCUCUCCUCGAACUCGAAGAUGAGUUCCACGCUUGCCAAUUCGCAGACCUCCUUGUCGGGCUACUCGUCUACAAUCCAGCAAGUACCAGGGUCCUGUUUUCACACUACAGAAGUGUUAAGCUUGGUUCCUCAUACGAUCCCUUGGUUUAUGGUCCACUAUCCACCGUUCUUCAAUAUGCUUCGAGAGAAAGCCCUGGAGCAAGGGCUGUCUCAGGUCACGGAGCCAGGACCCUUGAAAAAGUAUGGGAAUCAAGAACACGGCAUUCUCAUAACGGGGCCAAGUUCGGACGUGCUCCUGGCCAAGUUUACGUCGCUUCUUCUGAUGACUCCACCGAGGCGCUUCUUCGUUUUGGUGGAACGUGCUUAUGGGACUCGAGUUGUCACCAAGUUAUCCAAAUUGAUUUCAGGUGCGGAGGGGCAAGGAGCUCUGUUGGGACAUUUAUCCAACUCAGCGUUCCUAGAAAUUGACUCUGAGAGUAUCAGGGUGUGUGCGAAAAACGGAGGACUUUUCAAGGGAAACGCCAUUGUGAAGCUGGUCUUUGAAAAGAUUGACUUUUGGGUGAAGCAAUCAGGCUACGAUGCCUUUCUGGAAUGCCUAGUUUGCUGCGAGCCCCGUAAUCGAGACGAAGGUGUAACUUGUAUAUCCGGCCAUUUCUUCUGCUCAGCAGCCGAUGGAUCCGCAAACACAACCUGUGUUGCAACCAUGGUGAAGAGCCAAAUACCGUCGCUCGCUGCGAACCACGCCUGCAUCACCUGCGGUGUCUGCAAGGAAGUCAUUGAAAUGCAGACACUUGCCAAUCACCUCGAGCCCCAGGAUUGGAAGGAGGUAAACUCAGCAGUUCUCGAUGCCAAGGUAAAGCACACGGAAGAAACUCUGGCCAAGCAGUUUGAUCAAAGACUAGAAGAUCACAUUCAGGACUUCAUGGAGAGAUAUGAGUCAACGGAUGCCCGGGUCAAGAUGAAGGCAGAGCUAGUCGCAAAGCGGGCAAGAAACGAGGCCCUCAACUUGAAGUGCCCGCACUGUAAAGCAGUCUAUGCUGAAUUUGAUGGAUGUAUGGCCUUGAAGUGUGCCAUCUGUCACGGGAAUUUCUGUGGGUAUUGUCACCAUCCCGUUUCAACUUCCCAGGGCGCACACGAACAUGUCCGAGAUUGCAAUGACAAUGAAUCAAGCAAUGGUAGCUAUUUUGCAUCCAAAGACGAAAUCAAACGAGGUCAGAGGAAGUACAGGACGAAGCAACUGCGAAAGUUCCUGCGGCAACACAAGAAGGAGAUCCAAAACGCAACUAUUAUUGAGCUUCAAAAGGAUCUAGCAGACCUUGACAUUGAUCCUGCGGCAUUGUUUGAGUUUGGGAAUCUCAUGCCUGAGCUUUAA